AUGGGUCUCACCAAUUCGGCCAUCAUCGUUAUUGUCCUCGUCGCAUGUCUCGCAGUCACCGCAUUGGGAGCCUCCCUCUUUAAACACUAUAAGCCAGCUGAUAGAGAAACCCCAUUCAGUCCGGGCUAUGAGCAAAAGCUCUACAUGGCUGAGGUGCGGGCACGAGAAUUUGACGCUAUGACACAGGAAUGCUGGGCCAGAGACCCCGAGUCGCGAUAUGUUCCACCUCCCACUUACUAUCGACCCCACAACCAAAUCGAGGACACAAACACGAGAGAUACCGGAAGCUAUUAA